CAGUGGGCAGGUUAGUGUGACUGGACAGGUUAGUGUGACUGACCAGUAGACAGGUUAGUGUGACUGACCAGUGGGCAGGUUAGUGUGACUGGACAGGUUAGUGUGACUGGACAGGUUAGUGUGACUGACCAGUGGGCAGGUUAGUGUGACUGACCAGUGGGCAGGUUAGUGUGACUGACCAGUGGGCAGGUUAGUGUGACUGACCAGUGGGCAGGUUAGCGUGACUGACCAGUGGACAGGUUAGUGUGACUGACCAGUGGACAGGUUAGUGUGACUGACCAGUGGACAGGUUAGUGUGACUGACCAGUGGACAGGUUAGUGUGACUGACCAGUGGACAGGUUAGUGUGACUGACCAGUGGGCAGGUUAGCGUGACUGACCAGUGGACAGGUUAGUGUGACUGACCAGUGGACAGGUUAGUGUGACUGACCAGUGGGCAGGUUAGUGUGACUGACCAGUGGACAGGUUAGUGUGACUGACCAGUGGACAGGUUAGUGUGACUGACCAGUGGGCAGGUUAGUGUGACUGACCAGUGGGCAGGUUAGUGUGACUGACCAGUGGACAGGUUAGUGUGACUGACCAGUGGGCAGGUUAGCGUGACUGACCAGUGGACAGGUUAGUGUGACUGACCAGUGGGCGGGUUAGUGUGACUGGACAGGUUAGUGUGACUGACCAGUGGACAGGUUAGUGUGACUGACCAGUGGGCAGGUUAGUGUGACUGACCAGUGGGCAGGUUAGUGUGACUGACCAGUGGACAGGUUAGUGUGACUGACCAGUGGGCAGGUUACCGUGACUGACCAGUGGACAGGUUAGUGUGACUGACCAGUGGACAGGUUAGUGUGACUGACCAGUGGGCAGGUUAGUGUCUAUUAAUCUACAGCUGUUCUGUUCCAGGUGACCGUGUCUGUUCUGUGUGUUCUGUUCCAGGUGACCGUGUCUGUUCUGUGUGUUCUGUUCCAGGUGACCGUGUCUGUUCUGUUCCAGGUGACAGUGUCUGUUCUGUGUGUUCUGUUCCAGGUGACCGUGUCUGUUCUGUUCCAGGUGACAGUGUCUGUUCUGUGUGUUCUGUUCCAGGUGACAGUGCAGCGGCCGUCUACACAGAGCUGAGGAAGUUGUCCCGGGUCUUCAAAGACCAGCUGGUGUAUCCUCUGAUAGCUUCAGCCAGAGAAGCCAUGGCCCUGCCAGCAGUGUUUGGCCUGCCAGUCCUUCCUCCAGAGCUGUUACUGAGGGUGCUGAGACUGCUGGAUGUCUCCUCUCUCCUGGCCCUCUCCUCGGUCAACAGACACCUCCACCAGACCACCACAGACCCAGCCCUCUGGAGACACCUCUACCCGCAGAGACUUCCGAGACGGCCGGGACCAGAGCAGAGCCAGAGACACUCAGUGGAGAGAGCUUUACAAGAAGAAGUACAAGUGGAGGAGAGAAGCAGCCAGUUACCGCCGCCACAUGCCCCGUUACCACCCUGUCCCCCCACCGCUCUACCCCCUCCACCCCUCCCCAACAACCCCUUCCCCUUCUACCCGCCUGGCAUCAUCGGUGGGGAGUACGACCAGAGACCUGGCAUCCCCGGUGGUAUUCUGCCCCGCCCCGCUACGACCCUAUUGGUCCGCUCCCAGGUCACGAUCCCACAGCAGGAGGGCUGAUUGGACGAAGGGGCUGAGACCUGCUGGGAACCGGCCGGCUGACAUCAGAAGAGGGUUCAUAUGACCUCCCUGACCAGUGACCUCUAGUGGUGGUGCAGGAGUAUGACCACCACACAGAGAAGCUUAAAUAAAACAGAGAUGUUGAAGACUGACUGAUUAGCCUACCUUAAAUAAGGCACCUGAGUGCUAUAGUCACAGAUAAAUGGCGUUGUUCGGUCUAUAAACACUAACCCUCAUCCAGCCUGCUUAUUUUCCCCUAAACCUCAUCCAGGUGUUUUUUAUAAACCCUAUCCUUGACCCAGAAUCAGCUUGAAAUAGCUCAUGUUCUCCUGUGUGUGUUUAGUAAGUGAUGAGGUCAGAUCAUACCGAUCUGCUAUCUUCAUUUGAUCUCUCUGUUGUUGCAGAAAAUGUUGCUGCACAGCAGGAAAUGUAAACUUCUAAAAGUUUUCCAGAGAGAAAGCGGUCAAAUUUAAGAUCGUAGAUCUGUAGGGGUGCCUGGGGGAUUGAGGUGUGGCCGUUUCGAUCUUCCACCAUUCACUAUGAAGACAUUUUGUACUUGUUUCCUCACAGACUAAAAGCUGUAAAUAAAAUGAAAAUGUCAAUUGACUGGUUUUUAGCCGUGGUCAUAUUUGAGCCCUCAGUCUCUCUCUGAAAUCCAGACUAUUCGGGGACGAUUCAAUAGUCAUGUACACUGAAAUAAAAUAUAAACACAACGUGUAAA